AUGAUAUCACUAGAGGCCGCCAGAGAUGCCGGCUGCUCACUAUUUGUCUUACUAAAUGGAUAUGUCGCGUUCCUGUCAAAUUUAUCGGCAAAGAUCUCAUCACCCAUCAACCAAUAUGCUUCGUCAGCUUUCCCAGGCAGUUACGCAAACCAUACCCUCUACUACCCAUAUUUCUUUCUUACCAACUGCUCGCGGUACACCGAGUUAAUAUCAACUUCUAACACUUCAAAUUCUGAUUACUAUUACCGUCAGUACUUGUCAAUUUUCUCAAACUUGACCUCGCUGGGAAAUAGUCUGGAAACGGCCACCAUCGUCAGUAAUAUCAUCGCCGAAGGGUCGCUGGCAAUAAGAAACUCCUUCCCCGAUGGGUUCAUCUCGAUUUGCUACGUGGUUUGUGCGGUAACUGUGGCCGCUUGGUCGCUAGUUUUAUUGCUUGUAUUACUGACAAACCCAAGAUCUAAACUCGCGAAUUUCUUGACGUUAUUCUACGCGAUUGCAGUAUCGGUUCUCCUAAGCAAGACCACCCUGCUCUUAGAUGAGCAGUUCGUUGCCAACUACCAAGACGCUGACCAAUUCAGCGGACGUGUAUUGCGUGAUAAAGUAGCGUAUACCCUUACUGCGUUGGUCAAGACGUUCAGUUGCCUUGCCUGGGGUCAACUAUCGGUAAUAUUGUCCCCGGUUAGAUUCCACAAGAAGCUACGAAUCACCACGCUGCUCACGGCAAUUUUGUUAUUAAUCUUUAAUAUGUUGCACUACACCUACCCGGAACCACGCCAGGGAAUGGUGUUUGAAUUCUACUAUGUCAUGGUCACCCUUAUUGAUCUCGCAAUAUACUUUUCAUUUGCCGGGGGAAUAUAUCUAUACAUUUACACUAAACGACAGUUUUCUUUAUCGAGGCAAGUGGCGCCAAUGAGUGUGUUUACCGGUUUCAUUCUAACGGGACCCCCGAUUUUUUACUUGACAUAUGUGGUGUGUGAUGAGAUCGAUAAUUGGGCAACCAUCAUUACCGAUUUCUUCCUGGUGUUAAUCACCAUCUUGGUAUGGGAAUUACACGCUAAAAUCACGAUUGGAGAAAAAAGACAUGAGAGAAGAACAGUAUUGGGUAGAGCCAUCAGGCACGAUGAAUUGCCAAUAUCCCAUGAUGGGUUGGCCAAAGGCGGAUUAUCGAUCGCCAGUAAUAACCCUGGAACAAAAUCCCGGCAUAUUGGAUACUUUACCAAUCCGAUCCUACGAACGAUGCACCAUCGUCGUAAGAUUCGUGAGCUAAGACCAUUAGACUCUCCAGAAACGAAAAGGAAGAAGAUGAUGAAGAUCCAAAGAAGGAAGGGGAAGGAUGGCGAUGGUGAUAAUACCAAACAGAGUGGUCUGGAAGUUCAAUUACAUAAUUUGACAGAAAUUCAGCUAAGCACUCCAGUGGGCAAUGAGGAUUUGAGGGACCAGAAUAGUGGCGAUACUGACUCGACCACUGGGGAAGGAUUGAAUACCUUCACCGAAAAUGAUAUCUAUGAUAUUCCAGCUGGAAGCAGAAGGAAAGAUGAUGGUGAUUUUGGCUGUGGUUAUGAUGAUGCCAAUCCACUAGAUAUUAUAACUGAGCAAGUAUGGGAAGAUGAGGAUGAAGAAGAAGGUACUCCGGGAAUUGUGACUCACGACACGCGAGGCUAG